AUGAAUCCUCUCCCGCACCGGGGUGAAGUCUUCCUGCUGGUGGGUGGGGAGAGAGAGCAACUGGCCAGCCAGGGCACAACCCCUGCCAGGGAUUAUAGAGUGGGGAUCAGUCCAGCCUCCCAGCAGGCCCAACCUGAAUCCCGGAGAAGACGACAAAGGGACAAAGGGGUGGAUCCAGAGAAGGCCCCCAGCCUGACUCGGCAGUCCCCAAACCCUCCGUCUCUGACUGCUCCCUUGGGCAUGCCCUUUGCCUGCCCCUGUCUCCCGCGUGGCCCAGCCCGGGAAGCUGCCAUCAUUCUGGCGGGUCCUCCCACCGCCCUCACUGUCCUGCCCAAGGGGACAGGCCUCAAGAAGAGCAAACGACUGCUCCUGGAGUCCCUCAUGCGGAGGAGGAUUGCACACCUGAAGUGGGGUCUUCCCCGGCGGAUCCUGGAGUCCUAUUUCCUGUUUAACUUCUUAGGAUCUUGCUCAUUGACCCUUUCUGGGGCGAGGCCCCCUGGACUGAACACAGGCCCGGAGCUCCAAGCGCAGCAGGAAAGGGAUUGUGAGGCCCAAGGCUCCUCAUCAGGCCUUAAGUCCCAAGAGAGGUUCCAGAGGGUUCAGCGCCCAGACAGAAAAAGCUCAAAACUUCCUAUACAAGCCAGAGCUCUGGAGAGGAACAGACCGCACAGGUCAGAGCCCAUGAGCGUUUCCAUCCAGCCUAAAAAGGCCAGGAGAGUCACGCCACCAGGGGGCGCCAGAGAACCACAGGAGAUCCAGGAAGCGCCCGCUAGGACCAAGCUUCCAGCUCCCAGGACCCCCAGGCCGGCAGCGGAGUCCAGGAGCUGGUGUGGCCUACAAAGGGUCGGAGAGCCUCCCAGUGAGAACAGUAGGGGCAGGAAAAUUAUCAGGUCAAGGGUCUCCCAGCUGGCAGAGAGGGCUCCCAGCAGAGUGAGGACCUCAUUCUCUAGGGCAGACCACGCCCACUGGAGGAAGGAAUGUACAUCCUGGGAGGACUCUAAGCCCCCCAGACUCAAAUGCCAGCAGCCCACAUACUGGAGAAGAGGAAGCCUGGAAUCUACAGGGUGCAGAGGGGCUGGGCAGCAGCCUCCCUGCCAUUCUGCAGAACCUGUUAGCUUCAAAGGGAGGCUCCACUCUGCAGUGGCAAAGCUGAGCCUGACCCUUCUGAACAAGAUGUCCUGGUCCCCACAGCUCGCCAAGCGCAAGCACUUGUCCCCUAACCUGAGCCUGAGGGAACCUGAUUCUACUCUGCUUCCCAAAGUGGGUGAUCCACGUGCAGGGGAGGACAGCAUUGGAGACCACACUGCUUCACAGAAGGAUCUUCAGCCGCCAGGUCACUGCUGUACUGGGGCCCCCUUCCUAAGACAGAGAGUCCCCAGGGCCAGGAGGCACCUGGGAACCCAAAUGGGGCUCCACAGAAUACCCGAGCCUCCAAAAAGUUUAGUAUUAUGAAGCAUCUGAAUUUUUUUCUCUUCCAGCAUGGCUUUAAAAAGUAGACUCAGGCCCAGAGUCCUCAGGACAAAUCAGAAAAGCUUUGAGAGUGUCCUCAUCCCUGCAAAGCCUCUAAUAAAUUGGUUGUGUGGGC